CCCCGCUGUGUUGCAAACAAGUCGGGGGAAGGUGGAGCAGGGGUGAGGGAGAGAAGGGGAGACUGGGAGUCUGCGGCGGCAGAUGGGUGGAGGUGGUGGUGGGGGGGCAAUUAUUUACAGGACCCGGUGUGUGCUCCUUUUGAGUGUGUUGUGGUGGGCUGAGCUGUGCCGUGAUGGCUGAACGAGCCCUCUCUCCUGAGUGUUGACGAACACGAGCCGUCCUCACGCAGCGGUGUCGCGAGCAGCCAGCCGUUGAGCCCCGCUCCGCUCCCAGACGUUAGCUCCGCCGCUUCUGUUAGCCGUUUAACGGGGACAAAACGCUCCGGUGUGGAGACAACAGAGGUGUAGAGUCUCAUGUCUGAAUCCUCAUACGACUCCUGAACCCGUGCCGUCCAGUCGUAGAAGGGCCUGUGAGCAGGACGCCACCGCUUCAGUAAGGCCUUCGCGAUUGGAUGAAGAAAGAGCCUUUGAAUACCAGUAUGGACGCACUCCAUCCUGGAGUUUCCCACAAUCCUUAGUUUUCUGAUCUACAGCUGAGUCUACUCAACCCAGAACCGUGACCAGCUCAAGUUUAUGACUGACCUCCUGUCAGGUGAUCUGUCUUGUGGCACGAUGAUGUCAGUAGAUGUGACCAAUCACAAUGGCCCCGCUGCCACGCCUCCCACCUCACUCAGCCUUCGCACUUCACACAACCAGCUGCUCACCAGUGAUGUCAUUAAACAGGGCUCCGCUACACCUCCCAAGUGUCGCAAAAAGUAUGCCCUUACCAGUAUCCAGGCUGCCAUGGGCCUCGGAGAAGCAGUGCCAUCAUCAUCACCACCAUCCUCAUCCCCAUCACAGUGUUUGACCCCCACCAAUCCCAAACUGGCCAAGAAUGGAGUCAACCAGCUCCGUAAAGCCGGUCAAGACCACAACAAAAACACAACCGACCCUGAACCGACGGACGUGGAGUGUAAUUCAGAAACUGCAGCUGAUGACCUCAAUGUAAACACAGCCGAGGAGUGUGACAGUCACACUCUCACCAAUAAUGACCGAGAGGAAGACGUCAUUAACCUUGAUGGUGAGCCACACCAAGACAUUAAUGGUGAUGAGGAGCCAGAGCAGAAAACUGAAUCAGACAUAGACUGUAACACUAACACAAGUGAGGAGCUCACACUGAAUGGCAACACAACAGAUCUGGGCUUUGACUUGAACAUUGAGGCAGAGGAAAGCGAUGACAUCAGCAUUUUGUCUGAGAAGGAAAUUAUGUCAAAGAUGAAGAUUGAGGAAGAUGGAGACGAGGUGGCACCAGAGGAGCAGGACGAGGACGAGGAGAAGAAGCCUUUGCUGGUGAUUAAAAGUGAGUCUCCCGUGAACAACCACAAAGUUUCUUCAGGCCUGGAGCUCAUCUCUGACCUACACUCCAACCUCAAACUCCUCAAAUCAGGCAAGGACUCUCCGAUUCCUCCUCCUCCCUCCCCACCCAGGCAGGCCAGCCCAGAAGACACACCCCUGCUCUCAAUGGCCUCCUGCUCCUCCUCUUCCUCCUCCUCUCCAGAGACGAAGAAGGACAGGAGGACUGGUGCAAAGACAGACUGUGCUUUGAACCGCAUCCAGAAUCUGAACCCCAGUGAUGAAGAGUUGAGUUGGACCACACUGUCACAGGAGAGCAACUCUCCAGAGGAGACAGAUAUCUGGAGUGAGCAGUCAUUCCAGACAGACCCUGACCUUCCUCCGGGAUGGAAGAAGAUCACAGACAUGGCCGGUAUCUACUACUGGCAUAUUCCUACCGGCACCACCCAGUGGGAGAGGCCUGCCACCCGCCCAGCACCUCCUGGACAGACAGAAACCCAGGCCCUAGGCGACCACACAGCUUCCACACCACGAAAACACUCCCUGGGCUCACUCAGUCCCUCACCCACUCCUGACCAUGAGUCGGGCCAGGCCGAGAUCUUCUACAGGGCAUCAACUCGUUCAGGCAGCACCACCUCUGACAGCUCAGUGGAGCCUCUCUCCACUCACGAGCCCACCCUCACCACAUGUGGAUUUGUCAACAGCUGCUACUUUCCUCGUUCCACAUCUCUACAGGGGAUGCCUGAUCAAGAGGGUCACUCUCAGAAUCCUGAAGAUGAAGACAAGAAGCAGGUGUGGAGUGAUUUUGGCGGAAAGAUUGAUAGUGAAGUGUGGAAGGACCUGCAGGCUGCCACGGUGAACCCUGACCCGAGUCUGAAGGAGUUUGAGGGAGCGACGCUUCGCUACGCAUCGCUCAAGCUAAGGAACCGUCCAGCAGUGGAAGAGGAGGAGUCCAGCAGUGUCAACAGUGACCCAGAGGCGAAGUGCUUUGCAGUGCGCUCUUUAGGAUGGGUAGAAAUGGCUGAGGAGGACCUGGCUCCUGGAAAGAGCAGCGUUGCUGUUAACAACUGUAUCCGACAGCUGUCCUACUGCAAGAAUGACAUCAGAGACACAGUUGGCAUCUGGGGAGAGGGGAAGGACAUGUACCUGCUGCUGGAGAAUAAUAUGUUGAACCUAGUCGACCCCAUGGACCGCAGUGUGCUUCACUCUCAGCCAAUCGCAAGUAUCCGGGUCUGGGGCGUUGGCCGGGACAAUGGCAGAGAGAGGGAUUUUGCAUAUGUGGCUCGGGAUAAAAACACCAGGAUCCUGAAAUGUCAUGUGUUCCGCUGUGACACGCCAGCCAAAGCCAUCGCCACCAGCCUGCAUGAGAUCUGCUCCCGGAUAAUGACAGAGCGAAAGAAUGCCAAAGCGAUGGCAGGAGGCUCUCUCCAGGACAGGAUGCAGGCAGGACUUGAUCUCCCUUUACAAGCAGAGUUCCCCACACCAAAGACAGAGCUUGUUCAGAAGUUUCAGGUGUUCUACCUUGGGAUGCUGCCAGUGGCCAGACCAAUAGGCAUGGACAUACUGAAUGGAGCUAUAGACAGUUUAAUUGGUUCUUCCAACAGAGAGGACUGGACUCCAGUAGCCCUCAAUGUGGCAGAUGCUACAGUCACCAUCAGCAAAGACAAGGACGAAGAGGAGGUGCUGGUGGAGUGUCGUGUUCGUUUCCUGUCCUUCAUGGGCGUUGGGCGUGACAUACACACCUUUGCCUUCAUCAUGGAUGCUGGCGGCCAUCGUUUUGACUGCCACGUCUUCUGGUGCGAUCCCAACGCUGGAAAUGUGUCGGAGGCUGUACAGGCAGCUUGUAUGUUGCGGUAUCAGAAGUGUUUGGUGGCUCGACCCCCCUCCCAGAAGGCCUGCGGAUCAUCGCCCCCCGGUGACUCUGUGUCCCGCCGGGUGUCGACCAGCGUGAAGAGAGGCGUCCUGUCUCUCAUCGACACCCUCAAACAGAAGCGACCUGUCACCGAGCUUCCGCAGUAGCCCCUGGUGUGAGCUCUAACCAUCUCCCUGCCACAACCCCCAGUCACCAUGGUAACUAGUCACAUCGCUGCCAAAAACCCGUCGCCACCACAGACCCCCAGUAACUAUGGAAACACAGCAAAGCCCAAGGGUUUGGGAAUCCCUGUCGCAGUUCUUUCGCUUCUUCUGGAGUAAAAAUUGGAGCUUCGCCUAAAGAGUUUUAUCGGCAACUCAAAUCAGUUUGCUCAGAAUAACUGAGAUGAUUCAAGACUCUAAUCCGACAUCAAGAAAGAACGACCACAGAGAGAAACCCCGGGAAUGAUCAUCGUAAAGAUGAUCGUGUACAUAAAGUAGCUCUCAUCCCCCUCAGCACAGUGGAGUGAGGAGAAGAGGGCAAAAACUGAAGAAGUAGGAAGUGCUCCUUCAAAGCACAGCACGCCUGAUGAGCUGCCCAAACUGCUUAACUCCGCUCUUGUUGUAUUUGUGUCUGUGCCUGUGCUGCCAGCAUGACCUCGCACACCUGGCCACACCCCACUGUCAUUCACCUGGUUGUCUUGUUAGUCAGUAGUGGCUCUUUUCCCUCCCCCCUGUCCAUCUGUCCUCCUCAUCAUCCAGUAGACUGUGACGUGAACUAAAUGGAAGGAAGGAAUCGUGAAAGCCAUUAGAUCUGUACGUGAUGUACGAAAGACGGAAGCUGCUACAGACUAAAGAGAUCUGGCCAUCAGUCUACACACUCUAACCCGUUCAAAUGAUCCUGCAUGAACUUUUACAUAAAAGUGAACCAUUCUAGACGAUAUCAAUACACUGCUGCUGCUUUCAGAGACUGAAGGGGUGAGAAAUCCGAAGCCACGUUGUUGUUUUCUUUUUUUUUUUUUCUUCUUCUUGUUUCUUACUCGUCAACAGUGCAAGAAUCAGCCUGGAGGGUCUAAACGAGAGGUGACCUUUCACCCGAAAACAUCCUUCAUCACUUUCCCCGUUCACUUGUUGUCUCUAAUAUUUUGUUGUCCCUCGGAAAAAUGACAGAUGAUAGCCAUAACUGAGGAGGAGAUGCAGGGAUGGACAGAGUGUUACCCCUCCCUCCUCUGACUGCUGCUCUUUGAUACACAUGCUGGAGGAAAUGAUGACCCGUUAGUCCUUUAAAUCCCAUCAUGUCCUCAGAGACUUCAUGUCCACUUAUUAAAGCAACACAAGAAAUGCUUGAGGAGUCAUGCAAAGAAGACUGGAGGAAUGUGUUUUGUUUUUUUUGUACUGAGGUGUGGUGGUGAUGAUCCAUAGCUGAAAUCUGAACUGGGAGGAGGUGAGAAGGAGACAGACGGGUUUCACUUCCAGCCUCGGCUGUUGUUGUUGUUUUUUCUUUUCCCAGAGGAAAGCCAACAGAGAGACAUGUUGACUCAAAUUAACAGGACUUUCCUGGGCUGCUAUCUAUCUGUCUCCAGGGUUCUGUUCACUUGAAUGCGCCUUCUGUUUUUUUUUUUCCCAUUGCCUUCACUUCCUUACCAUAUGACUGUUUUCAUCAGUGCCACAAGAUCACUUUUGUUUUUCUUUUUUUAGUUUUUUUCUGCAGUUUUUCUCAAAUAAAUCUCAAUUCGACACUGCUAGCUCCUUAUUAUCACAUACCUGACAAGCCUGGAUGUAUGAAAAUAACUAAUGAAGUUCUUUAAUGCAACUUUAAUGGUAAUUAAUUUUCUCUAUAACUGACCGUUAGCUAAACCUCUUCAGUGAACAGUGAGUGUGCAAUCAUGGUUUAGGCUGAGCCGCUGCUGCUCUGUAAGUCGAAGCAGUGUGCAGGAGCCCAAAGGAAAAACCAAUACUGGGUAUAUAGAUAGUUUGGAGGGCCGUAUCUUUUUUAUAUUGCCUAUAUAAAAGUGUACGCUCACAAAAAAUAAUUAGCUUGAAACAGUGGCUAUAAGAAUUUCAAUUACGUAUACAUGUUUUACAUAAUUUUAGUGAAAGAGUUGCAUUUAAGUCAAAGUUUGUCAUGUUGAGUCAGUGUGUAUGAAUUAAACAACUAGAUGUGUGGAUUUAUAGUAAACAAUAGUAAACACUUGAAACACACAUUAUGUAUUGGCUGCUUAUAACUCCAUGUGAUCAUUUAAUAAACACAUAAGGUUGAUGCAGAAGUCUGCAUUAGUUUGAUUCAAUCAGACUAAACAAUUUAAUUCAUUCACUUUGACUCAGCAUGAUAGAUGAACUUUGCAAUGAAUGUAACGCUUGACGCUGAACUUGAAAGUGUAUGUGUAAUUCAAAUAUUUAAAGUAACUGUUUUUAGGCAAAUUAAAGUGUAAGCUGCAAUUGUAAGCGUACCAUGUCGCCUACUGUACAGUAGAUAUCUAAGUAUAUUUUGUGAGUUUACAGGUUACAUUAAAAAGAAAACCUCAGUUCACAGGAUAGCAUAUCCUUUGUGUUGUUUUCCCCACUGUAAGAUGGUUCCGAGUCCUGGUGUAAUGAUAGCAGCUCUGUCCGGUUCUUUAUUGGACUUGAGGAGGAUAGUGUCAUGAUGAUCAGUCAUCACAUCGGUUAGUCCUCUUCCUAAAAGCCUGAAGGCAUUUACUGUUUGAAAUGUAAUAUCAAAAAAAAAAAAAAGAACAAUUGGUUAUCCAAGUUUGUGAGCUAAAGUAGCCCGACAGGGUUAUGUAAGCAUUAUAUUAGUUUUCCUAAUAAACAUGUAGUUACUAACACCAAGACAAACAAUUUCUUUAACUCCAUGUCGUCUACAUGGAUAAUCCACAGCUGUAGCUUCAGUCCCAGCAUGUUAUUGCGUAUGAGUUCAGGAAUCUGUAGAAAAGUGAGCUACUAAAACGGCUUGUGACCGUUUCAGCCACCGAAAUUGCCUGCCGCUGGUCAGAAACGUUGAGUUGUAAACAGCAUAAAUGUCGUGUGAGAGGAAAGCUCGUCAGGCGUAGCAACAGUUGCAGUCGAGGCGACGGGGUUUAGCGAGUCUGUCUUGCAUGUUGUCGCUUUCGAUUUCCACAGGCUUGAAGGAACUAGAGGUGUAAAUUGAGUUUGUUGAGAGACUUCAGCCACAUCACCUUCUUUUGUCACAAGGAUGUUGAAAUGUGAAUGAGAUGACUAAAUAUUUGUGUACAUAAUAUCCAUCUAAUGUAACAUUUGGCAUUAAUCAUUGUUAUAAGCUAUGUUUUCUUCAUUUUGAAUGUCUGUAGUUUUUGUUAUUUUUCUUGUAAUGAGAUGCCUUUUUUGAGAACUCACCAAAUGGCCAAAGUGUAAAAUACUGAUAUACAUUGUUGUAGAUAAGAAAACUACGAGAGCAAAUAAUGAACAAGGAAGGAGAAGUGAUUGGAAAAUUUCCACAGUUGUCAAUUAAGUUGAUACUGAAUUUAACUGAGCAAUUAUCUAUGCAUUCUUUUGAUCUCGAGAAAUGGAAAGUCGUACGAAGCCUUGCAUGAUCCUCGGACGGUUGAAAAAACGACUGUAUGUACUGAACAGAAAUAUUUUUUAUUUUAUUUAUUCUAUUUUAUAAAGGUAUAUACUGAUUUUAUUAGUUGGGGCAAGUAAAGUGUCAUUGUCUCAGUCCCUGGUUAACUCACAAGGCUACAAAACAAGCUCCGCUUCGCAGAAACUGGCAGAUAAAGGAAUAUAUCUUCACGUUGUACAGUGCACUGAGAGCUGGGAGUCCACUGGGAGGAGUGAUGAGGAGUGAAGACGAGGAAACCCGCGGUGGACUCCCCGCGUCUCUGUCAAGCUCACACACAUAAACAACAACAAACACACAUUUCCCACAGAUGGAUGUGUUGGCUUCUGUUGCUGCUCACUGAUUUGUACACUUUAUCAAUGUAACCAAUUGUGAGAAUAAACAGCAGUAUAAAAUAAUACA